AUGGAGCGGGAGGGUACGAGCUUGUCGGGCGAAGAAAAGGCGGACUGCUUCUAUCGUGGCGGCUUUUACAACUGGUUCGAGCGUGGUCCAAACAGCUCAUUCCUUCUACCGGCUUUUCCUGGAUUUCAGACUGUUGACGGUAAAAGAUGCACAGAAGAAGGUCGUUACUGUAAAAGAGGUAUUGAAUUGGAUUAUUGGAGCCCUUGCAACGAAUCCACUGAGAUACAUGCAGGCCAAACUUACCAUCGCGGUUGUUAUUUUGGCAGAGGAGCAUUACAGGUCCGUUUGUCGUUGACAGUUGCUGUAUUCUCUUAUUUCCAGCUAUCAUGGAAUUACAACUAUGGCUUAUUCCAACAGUUUCUACUAUCCAGAGGCAUAAAAGUCGAUCUCAUCAAUAAUCCGAAUUUGGUAGUCACCAAGAUGGAUCCCCCACUUGCGAUGUUGGCCAGUCUUUGGUUCUAUAUGACACCACAACCACCGAAACCGUCAAUGCAUAGUAUCGUGGUAGGUGACUGGCGACAGUCAGAAAAGAACAGACGUGCAGGAUUUGGCGGUCCCAUUUUCGGUCCAACCAGUCUUGUGAUAAACAAUGAAUGUGGUGGAGAAGAUCCAGAAGAACCAGCAAACAUUUUCACCUGCCAUUCUCUCUGUACAAACUCCGCCCCUUUUACAACAAUUUUCCAUCGAAGGUCCGACAUGUUUCAUUCAUUCAUUAGGAAUGGCUGUACGUGUAUUAAAUCAAUAAAAUUCAUUUUAUGUGGACCGGGUGAAUCACGACGGAUCAAGGCUUUCAAAUGGUUCUGCAAUUAUUUCGAGGUGCCUGCCGGUCCGGAACGAUCGCUAAGCUGCAAGGGAAUGUUGGACAACUUUGACGCCAUCCCUCAUAUGUACUCAUGGCAACCAGAUUGGGGAAAUAUGUGGAGGGCUCGGCCCAAAUUCGUCAAAGAAAACGAUCGAAAUCGUUUGAGAUGUGUUUACAGCAUUUACGAGAGCCCGAGCACUUUCCGAUUAGAUGAAGGCAACGCUCCAUGUCUCAAGUAUAAACCGAAGAUCAGCCUUACAAAGACGGGAUUCAAGGACUAA